CCGACACAGCCUCCGGCCGGUACGAUCCAGCCCGCACCGUGCCGUUCGAGUCAUCGCAAGCGGAUCCCGAUCUUGCGCCGCACGAGAUGCCUCCCGCCACUUGUUCAGAAAACGACGAUGAGAUGGACCUGGAAGCCGAUGAUGCCGGGCAUCCUGGUCGGCAUGCCCGCUGCCUGACCCCGGAAAUCCGGGCGGAGCAGCAGCAUCGGUACAUCAGCUACGCGGAGCUCACCCCGCCGUCCACACCACCCUCCUCGAGUUCCGCACAGGGGCAUCUGUAUGAAGCGCUAGUGGCACGAUAUCUCCUGGAGGGGGGGGAUACCGCCUCAGACGACGGAAGUGACAACGAGGAUGUCGCUUUCGCGAAGUACCGCGCGGACUACCAUAUCCAUGUGCACUACAUGCUGCGGCGGGGGAUAUUGAGUAUCUGUCGGGAUGGGAAGGAUGUCUAUGAAUUGAAGGGGUGGAAGGGGCGGUUGCAUGCGGUAGAUUCGGGUUUGGUAGACUUGGAAGAGCUCGAGUCUGGCAUGAUGGAUUGGCGCUAUGGGAUCAUCAAGGAAAAGGAUGGCGGCGGGACGGCGGGGGAAGGAUAUUACUCCUCCAACCCCUACCAGUCUUACUACCCAGCUCCAAGCCCAAUGGCGGCCUUGCCUCGGACCCAGAAACUGGGCGGCUGGCCCGACGAUGCAAACCAGCUCAUGGCGUCGCAGGUGGCGCUAUGGAGAAAACGGGGGCUGAGUCGGCAGAGACGUGUCGAGGACGUCCGCAUCAGGUGGGCUUUCAUCAUGGAGGAACGGAGAAGGCAGCGACUGGCCGCUCUGGCGCAGGCACAUCAACACAAAGCAACGAGCAGUGUCACGGUGAGGCUGUAUUGUUCGCAGGCCGGCGGGGAUCGGAACCUCAUACGGGAGAUCGAGAUGGAUGGGAGGUCGUUCGGAGAGCUCAUCACAUGAUCUCGAUGGGUGAGUGUCACGGUCUCAAAGGGAAGAGAAAGGGAAAACUUUUUCUGCUUUCAUACAACGGUAUUGAGGAUUAUCGAGCAUCGCUAGCCACGCACACGAACCUCUUCCUUGGUCAAAACAAGAACACGAA